AUGAUCCAACGAAGCAUCUUCCGAAGCUCAAGAGCGCUGAGCUCGCGAGUACAAUCCCAGUCCGCCGCCGCCGCCUUCCGCCAACAGUCUCCCUUCCUCACACGACCAUCCACAUCAGCACCAUCGAUAUCGCGGACGGCGUCGAGAUGGUAUUCCGACGCCGCGGAGGCGAAGCAGGAACAAGCCAGCAACGGAACGGAGGCAAAGACAAACGGGGACGCACAACCAGCGGCGAAUGCAGCGGAAACCGAGAAGCUGCGGACAGAGCUCGAGGCGAAGAACAAGGAAGUCGUAGACCUUAAGGACAAAUACCUCCGCUCCGUCGCCGACUUCCGCAACCUCCAAGAGCGCACCAAGCGCGAAAUCGCCUCGGCCAAAGACUUCGCGCUCUCCCGCUUCGCCAAGGACCUGGUCGAGUCCGUCGACAACCUGGACCGCGCCCUGCUGACGGUGCCGGCCGCGUCGCUGCGGCCCGAGAACAAGGAUCUCGUGACGCUGCACGACGGGCUGAAGAUGACGGAGACGAUCCUGAUGCAGACGCUCAAGAAGCACGGCCUGGAGCGCUUCGAUCCGAGCGUCGAGAAGGAGAGGUUCGAUCCGAACGUGCACGAGGCGGUGUUCAUGGCGCCGCAGCAGGGGAAGGAGGAUGGGACGGUGUUUUUCACGCAGCAGAAGGGGUUUUUGCUUAAUGGGAGGGUGUUGAGGGCGGCGAAAGUCGGUGUUGUGAAGAACGAGUAA